CCAACACCUAAAGAAGAUUGAAUAGGUUGAAUUCUCAAAAUCAUGCAAUCAGAACGAUCCUUCUACAAUCGCUAAGCAAUCACUCAGAUAGUGUGCGCUGACUUCCAUCAGGUUACGAUUCAUUAGCCAAGUGUAGCAGCAGUAGCUUGACCGGGAAAGAACACCAACUUUGCUACGCCUCGCGCAUUUCACAAAAAGUCGUUGAUCAGAACAGACGCGAAAAAGGCGAUCGUUGAGCCAUGACGGUUGAAAGUGCGAAUGGAAUAAAAAAACAGGAAGAAAUAGACCCGGUCGUCGACAGUGAUCUAGGAUGUGGUCGUCGGAUUGUGCAGUUUGUGCAAGUUUUCUGGAAAUCGCUAGCAGUUUUGGCAAUUCCAACAGUUGCCGCUUUGAUUUUUGUUGUGAAUGGUUCCCCCGCUUUUCGAUGUUUAUACGUAGUGAUUGUGAUGUCCUUGCUGUGGGUUACGGAAGCUCUUCCACUACCCAUCACGUCGAUGCUUCCGCUCGUACUGUUCCCACUUAUGGGCAUUCUAAGUACUAGUCAAACAUGCAUGGUGUACAUGAAGGAACCAAUUAUUAUGUUCAUUGGCGGGAUCGUUCUCGCUCUGGCGAUAGAAUACUGCAAUCUUCACAAACGCGUGGCGCUGAAAGUGAUAUCAGUUAUUGGUUGCAGUCAACGCCGGUUGCACUUUGGAUUGAUCAUUGUCACCAUGUUCCUGUCCAUGUGGAUCUCAAACACAGCUGCUGUUGCCAUGAUGUGUCCCAUUGUGCAGGCUGUGCUGCAGGAGCUGGAAUCGCAAGGAAUCUGCCAGAUGUAUGAAACAGACGAUUUUGAAAAGGAAAUCGAAAACACAUCGCUCAAAGGCAAAAAACAGGAUGAGCGGAAGAAAGCAUCGCGAACGACGAUUUGCUACUUUUUGGGUACAGCCUAUGCGGCUAGUAUUGGAGGCUGUGGAACAAUUGUCGGUUCGGGAACAAACCUUACAUUCGAAGGAAUCUACGAAAGCCGAUUCCAUAGUGCACCUUCAAUUGAUUUUCCAACUUUUAUGUUUUUCAAUGUGCCACUGAUGCUGUUGAACACGAUUCUUGUGUGGAUCUAUCUGCAGUGGUAUUUCAUGGGGCUCUUCAGGCCAAACAGUGUGCAGGCAAGGGAUUCCAAAAUCGGACAAGAAGGCGAAACUAUUGCUAGACGUGUCAUUGAGUCACGAUAUAAGGAAAUGGGACCAAUGACCUCUCAUGAAAUAAGUGUAGCUUUACUGUUUGUGCUGUCGAUCAUACUGUUCUUCACGAGAAAUCCGGGCUUCGUGCAUGGAUGGGCAGAUCUAUUCCCUGGCGUACAAAUCAAGGACGGCACACCGGCUAUUUUGAUCGUCAUCGCACUGUUUGUAGUGCCUGCUGACUGGCGAUGGUUGAAAUACUUUGGACGGAAAUCAGCUCCCCUGCCCCGAGAGCCAUCGGGUGCACUGAUCACAUGGAAGUACGUCAACCAGAAGGUACACUGGAGCUUGAUCUUUCUGUUAGGGGGAGGAUUUGCGUUAGCCGAAGCUGGUCACGUAUCCGGAAUGUCUGCAUUGCUGGGAAGGUCACUAUCCGGAUUACAAUCACUUCCACCACUAGCGCUUCUAUUCGUCGUUUGUUUGACGGCUCAAACACUAACCGAAUUUACCUCGAAUGUUGCUAUUUGUAACAUUAUCCUACCUGUACUGGCUGAAAUGGCCAUAGUGAUAAAAACGCAUCCGCUCUAUCUCAUGUUACCGGCGGCAAUGUCCUGCAGUUAUGCUUUCCAUAUGCCAGUGGGUACACCGCCAAAUGCGAUUGUGGCUGGAGUGGGACACAUUGCUACUAAGGAUAUGGCGUUGGCGGGAAUUGGUCCUACGGUGAUAACACUAUUGGUGAUGUGGAUCGGAUUUCCUACCUGGGGCGCUAUCGUGUAUCCCGAUGUUAACACCUUUCCAGAAUGGGCUAUGGAAGGAUCGGUCAAUGUUUCUACACAUUGAGGUUGUUGUUUUGUUGAAUCUAUUCACGAUUAGGUAUACUAUUUAUAUGUAAUUAUACUUAACUAUGAUAUUA